CCCGUGCCCGUCACCGCUUUUUUGCGAACCAACGAGACCCACGCCGCACGUCCCCCCAACCCCCAACCCUCCUCCUCGACCCUCUCUUCCGUCCGUUUGCUUCAAUUCUUGUUCGUUCUCUCUCACAUCACACCGCUCUCACUGCCUAGAGCACAGAGCAGAGCUGAACCGCACUCUCUCAUCUCUCCGCCCAUCAUGGAGAACCAAAACUCCCACCACAGCAACCCAAACUCCAACCCAAACUUCCAUCUCUACGCCUUCGACCCCAAUUACGACCCCAACGCAGAUCCAGACAACAACCACAGAGCCUACAACGGCCUGCUCACCCACUCCACCUGGCCGCUGCCUCUCUCCCCCUCCGCCGCCGCCAUGCACCACAACCACAAUCCCCACCAUCAACAACAUCCGCACCACCACCAGCAACAACAACAUCACCAUCAACAUCAACCCCACCACCACCAGCAGCACCCUCACGACCAGCGACGCGUCAAUACCGUGGCCGCGACCACCGCCGCCGUCACCAAUAAUGUCCUGCCCACCUCGACCGCCAUGGCGCCUCUUCAGACGGCAAAUCUCAACUUCGCCUCCGCCAUGACCACCAACCCUAUGCUCAACGAGUGGAUCAGCCUCAGCGCCGCUGGCAACUUUUCUCAAUCCGCCUACGAUCCCAUGGGCAUGAGCACCGCAGAUUUCACCACCAGCUUUGGCGCCCCGCUCCAGGCCUCGCCCGUCGACUUCGGCAUCAACACCUCCCAGGCUUUGAUGACUUCCAUGCCCAUGUCAGCCCCGUUCAAUAUGAUGACCACCUCAAUGGAUCUCACCCAGCACAUGGCUACGGCUCCCUAUGGCAUGUCGGAUUUCCAGCACGAGUUCUCCAACAUUCCCAACACCACCGCUACUCAAGACAUGACUGUCGCCGCGAGUGCCGCUUCCGCCAGUGUCGGAAGCGGUUCGCCAACCGAGAAUUGGCUCGAAGUCCGUUCCCUCCCCAGCGACAAUGGCUGGAGCAUGAUCGAGACGGGUCACCACCACCGCAACUCAUACGAUCUGUCAAACGACCCGGCUGCCAACCUCAUCUUCAACCCAGCCCAGUCCUUGCACAUCCGCACAAACUCCGACUCGUCACAGCAGUCCGAUGUCCCUCCGUCAGCCGGUUCCCUCAGCAGCUUCGAGGAGGUUCAGUUCCCCAUGAAUUCCCCCCAGUCUGAUGUUGAGAACACGUUGGAACAUGUCCACUCCAACUGCCUUCACGGUCUGCCCAUGGACGACUUCACCAACUACAUUUCGCCCAACCAGUCGGUGAGCCCACCCAUGGCACGCGUCGAGCCUGUCGAGAUCAAGCCGUCGCCAUCCCUCUCAUCAUCCCCAACCUCUUCCGCCAUGAGCUCCCCACCGGUCGCCCGUCGGAGGAAAUCACCCACUACCUCCACAGCUGCCGCCGGGGCCAAGCCUGCCAAGAACAUUGCCAAAAAGACGCAAGCCCACUCCACCAAGAAGGAUGCUCAAGGCGAGAAGCGUGUUGGUAAACGGCGCGGUCCUCUGGGUCCCCAGCAGCGCCAGCGAGCUCACGAGAUCCGCAAGCUGCGCGCCUGCUUGAGGUGCAAGUUCUUGAAGAAGACGUGCGACAAAGGUGACCCGUGCGGUGGAUGCCAGCCAUCCCACGCCCGUUUGUGGCAGGUCCCUUGCACUCGCAUCGACAUCAAGGAUAUUGGAUAUUUCAUGAAGGACUGGAAGGCCGACUACGAGCGUCACGUCAGCCUCGGCUUCUCCAUUGGCAACAUCAAGGGCUUCUCUCCUCACGAGCGUCCCAUCUACAUCACCCACGGCUACGGCCACUACCUUCCCAUCAUGGCUCGCGAGGUCUACGUCCGCGACGAGAAGUGCUUCGGUGUUGACUGGUUCGAGUCGCUCAACGGCCUCUCUUUCGAGAUCAACACUGCCAAGCUGUCUGCCGGCAUGGAAGGCGUCUCGCGGUCCAUGCUCUCCAACUACCUCGAUCUACACAUCGAUGGUGGUUUUGAGGGCUUCGUGGAUGAGUACUUUGAGGGCACAUACUUCGUCACUGAGCUUCUCAAGACGGCGUACCGCUUCUACACCCGCGAGAAGCUCCCCGUGAUCCGCAAGGCGUUGAAGCUCGUUGUGGCCUACAACCUGACUCUCCACGUCACCAUGGUCGAGGGUCUCGGCGACGAGAGCCAGACGGUUGGAAAGGUCGAGGACCAGCAGUCCAAGUUCUGCAACAAGACCAUCGCCCCAGUCAUGAUCAACUUCCAAGUCAAGUGUGCUCUCGCCGACAUGUGGCGUGAACUCCAAAAGGACGUGCUCGAGGAGCUCUCUGCCCUGUACUCAUCCGUCUACAGUGGCGACAAGCUCAAGAACUGGCCGACCAUCUUCAUGCUCGCAGGCAUCCUUCUCGCCGUGUGGGAGUUGAUGCAGUUCGAUUGCAGCUACCGCGUGCCGGACCAGGCUGCGGUCAACAAGUUCUGCAACGACAUGGAAUCCACGCCCGUUGGCGUGAUCGUCGGCCUCUUUUCCGCCAUCUCGCAGAAGCUCCCCGCCUUCACGGAAUGGGAUACCCGGAAACACCACCACCUGCUCAAUUCGAAUCCGGCGGUGUGCGACGCCAUGACCGAGGUCCGUGCGCAUGUUACUAAAUAUGAGACGUAUCUUCGCUCACGGAGCGAUUGCAAGUUUGACCGCAACGACUUCGACUCACUGUCAAACAAGUUCCUCUCCAAACUGGUCAUCCGCGCCAACUAG